UGUUACUUAGUAAAACGGUUUUGUAGUUUCCGCUAAUUUUGUUCGAGUAGUGGCCCCACCACAGUCAAUUUCUGCUCUCAUGUUGUCAUUAUAUCUGGGUAUUACAUUCGCUGUUUCUACAAGAUUCUGUCGAGUCCAAACUGCUUUUCUGUCACUCUUGUUAGCAAGUCUGGAAGGGUCCACCUAAUCUUAUGUUACUUAUAGUUGUAGCGUUGAUGUAAUAAACCAAAUAUUGUUGUUAUACGAGGAAAUUGCGUAGUAAGCGCCCACGGAAGUCUGGUCUUUGUCACUUUCCUACGCCGUGGGAGCUCCUCGGUGAUUAUAUCUUGCUGUGAAGACGCAAACAAAUUAUGGCUGCAGUGGAAGCAAGUGUAUCACCCCGCAUUGUGAUCAUUGGCUGUGGGAUUGCAGGAAUCAGUGCUGCACAACGUCUCUUUAGUCAUGGAUAUAGGGAUCUGACAGUUGUUGAGGCAACAGCAAGACCUGGUGGCAGAAUCAAAACCACAGAGUUUGGGAAAGGACUUGUAGAAAUUGGAGCUAAUUGGAUUCAUGGCCCUUCCAAAGAGAAUCCAGUCUUUCAGUUAGCUUGUCGUUAUGGACUCCUGGAUGCAGAAGCCAUGUCUGAGGAGAACCAAGCCAUAGAGACUAAAGGGCACCCACCUUACCCACCAGUCUCUUAUUCAAGUUCAGGAAAAAUUAUAAGCUUUGAUGAAUGUUUGCCUGUACGUCAGUUGUAUGAAAGCAUUCUGGCUAAAGCUGGUGAACAGCGCUUCAGGACUGGGAACGGGCCAGCUGCUAGUGUUGGGGAGUUUGUUAAAACCGAAGCAGCUGAAGAGAUGAAGAAGUGGAGGAAUGUUGAUAAAGAGAAAACUAAAUUAAAUCACGCAGUACUGAAUACACUAUUGAAACUUGAAUGUUGCAUAUGCGGUGCUCACAGCAUGGAUCAUGUUGGCCUUGCUUCCUUUGGAGAGUACGAGUCUCUGCCGGGUCUAGACUGUACUUUCCCUAGAGGAUAUCACAGUCUUAUCAAGUCCAUGAUGAAGCCAUUACCAAAAGAUAUUUUUUCGUUCGGCAAAGCAGUUCACUGCAUUCACUGGCAGGGUUCAUUCCAAGGUAACAGCUCCUCUGGACGGAUUUUUCCUGUGCUGGUAGAGUUUCAAAAUGGCGGAAAACUUCAGGCUGACCAUGUGAUAGUCACAGUUCCUUUAGGAUACCUGAAGCACCAUUAUAGGACUUUUUUUCAUCCCCCAUUGCCUUCUGCUAAAGUGGAGUCCAUCCAGAAGAUAAGCUUUGGGACAAAUAACAAAAUCUUUCUGGAGUUUGAGAAACCUUUCUGGGAACCAGACUGCUAUUACAUUGAACUGAUUUGGGAGGAUGAAUCGCCUUUUGCUGAUGUGAAACUUGACCUACAGAAAGACUGGUUUAGAAAGUUGAUCGGAUUUACUGUUCUACAGCCCCCAGAAAAAUUUGGCCAUGUUCUUUGUGGAUGGAUUGCAGGGUAUGAAUCUGAAUACAUGGAGAAUCUCUCUGAUGAUGAAGUUCUCAAUGUCAUAACCCAGCUGCUUCGCAGAUUCACUGGUAACCAUCCUUGUUCUUCACCAAAAAAGGUUCUGAGAACCAAAUGGCACAAUGAUCCCUACACAAAAGGAUCGUACUCCUGCCCAGGAGUGGGAUGCACUGGUGACAACAUUGAUGUUCUUGCUGAACCCCUGCCAGCUGUGGAUCAAGUGGUACAUAUGCCCUUGCAGGUUUUGUUUGCUGGAGAAGCCACUCAUCGUACAUUCUACUCGACCACCCAUGGUGCUUUACUCUCAGGACGGAGAGAGGCAGAUCGUAUUAUCCAUUUUUAUACAGCCGAAAAGCUGAAUUCAAAACUGUGAAUACAGAUACUUUUGAUGCAUCAGUAAUAUGUAAAUCUUAUUUCUUUUUUCACGUUUUCAAUCAGCAGUACAAUAUAGUAUGGCAGAUAUGUUAGAAUACCAGAUUAUUUAUUGCAUUGUGAGAGAUGUAGAUUGCACAAAUUAUUAGCAUUUGUUUGUAUAGCUAUAUUCCAGUCCAUGUGUAAUUUUAUAUAUGGUUUACUAUAAUGAUAUUGAAUGUAAAUUUUUGAAUCUUUGAAAACCAGUUGUCAUUUCUUUAGUAAAUGAGUUGCUUCUUAAUGGAAAUGUUGAGAUACAACUACACCACCAGCUCUGUUUAUUUACACUGCUUUGUGGGUGCACACUAGAUAUCAGUUUUACAAUGUGAAAAUGUUAAAAUACCUAGAUUUAAACAUCACCUUUUUCUUAUCUUCACUGUUUCAAAUUUGAGAUCGCUGUCUUCAGUUACAACUGCAAUAAAUAUUACUGGACUGACA